AUGCCCACCUGGCUCGUCCAUGGCUUCCGCUGGCCCCGCGUUGCCAUUCGCAUCCACAUUAUCCUCGAAAAUCUCGAAGACUGCGCCGCCGAAUGGCUCAUGGCCCCGGCGACCACCGCACAACUCACUCAGAACUUUCACAAACAGUUUCCAGAACAACUUGCGCAUCUGCCCUCUCUGCGCUUCAUCGAGCAGUAUGAUCCCGACGAUGAACACACGAAAGAUCAGCCAUACGCGUACGUGUGCGACCAGGUGACGGAGAUAAAGUUGGGCGUCGACAUUGACGAGGUGCGCGGUGUGGGCGUGCAGAGCGACACAUGGAGUGCGCUCGUGGAGCUGCGUGACAAAGUCGCACCCGGAGAGAAGGUAGGGUGGUUCGUGGUAGUCAAUGGGGACGUGGAGAGGUGGGCGCCACCGCUCAUGAACGACGAAGAUGAGGACACCGAAACAGAGUUGAGCGUCGAUGGAAACGGGAUCGAGCAGAGCCCGGUGAGUCCUGUUAGUCAGCGGAGCAGUGUGGUCAGAUCAGACGAAGACGAUACAGGAAAGAAGAGAGGACUGAAGAAGUGGUUUGGGAAGAUACGGAAAGCCAGGAGGUAA